CCUUUGCAUAUCGCUGCACAUAACAAUCAGAUGAAGUCAAUAAUACGCCUACUUUCUUAUGGCGCAGAUGUUCGCAGCCAUGACGAUAAUGGAUUAACAGCAUUGCACAUAGCGGUCGCGCGAAACUGUGUUGACAUUGUAGAGAUCUUGUUGGCUCACGGCGCGGACCCAAACGCACAAAACGGGCUUUCAGAAACACCAUUAAUUAUGUGUGCUAAGUCGGCUAGAAUUGACAUAGCUAAGCUGCUCCUACUUCAUGGAGCUGACAUGCACGCAAAAGCUAGUUAUGGAGAUACAGCACUGCAUGUGGCUGCCAGAAGGAAUCGUCUUACGAUGCUAAUUUUCCUUAUCAAGGCAGGAUGUGAUCCUGCUGCGAAGAGCCAGUUGGGCG